AUGGUGAGAGGACAAGUUUAUCCAGCCCCUUCCAUCUCAGUGAGCCCCAGUGUCGUGGUUGCUCUGGGAGGAAAUGCCACCAUCAGCUGUAAAAGCGAAAGAUACCAACACAUGACAUUCCUUCUGGUCAAAGGAACUGUAUCACCGGAAAAUGUGAUGGAGAAGCAGGCAGAGAAGUAUGAGGUUACAUUUUCUGUUUCCAAUGCCAGAUCCUUAGAUGGAGGAAUCUAUUGGUGUUGCUUUGUAAGUGCUCUUCAAGAAUGGUCACAUUUCAGUGUGAAAGCAUACAUCAAGAUAAGAGUACAGGUUCAUCUCAAGCCAUCCAUAGCAGUGAGGCCCAAAGAACUGGUUCCUCUGGGGGAAAGUGCUACUAUCCAUUGUAAGGAUGAAAACAAUAGAAGGGCAAAAUACUCUCUCAUUAAGGAAGAGGCUCUUGAUAUUAUCCAGGAGGAAACAGGAGGCAGGAAAGGAGCUACAUUUACCAUUGACAAUGUUACUCAAUUGAAUGUUGGGAUCUACUGGUGUGACUACAAACCGGACUCUGGUUCUCUAUACUCCCAUUUCAGUGAGAGAGUAUACCUCAAUGUAACAGAUCAUGGUUUCCCCAAACCCUCCAUCAAAAUGGUACUGCAAGAAGAGUAUCCCUCAGGAGUGAAUGUCACAAUCCUUUGUGAGGGACCAGAGAACAAUCUGACAUUUUUCCUACACAAAUCAAUGGAUUUGAGAGCAUCACAGGAAACAGAACCAGGGAGUAAUAGGGCAAGGUUUCUUGUACAAAUUAUCAACUUGGAGGAUGCAGGCAACUACACUUGUCAGUACCACAAGAGUGGAAAUCCCUUUGUGUGGUCAGUGCCAAGUAAUCCUGCACAGCUGGUUGUGAGAGAAAGUAUUCCAAUAAUUAUUUGGGCAAAUGUUGCUGCAGGCUGUCUCCUUCUGGUUCUGCUCGUACUGUUGCUUACCUACAUAUUUUAUAGAAAAAGGAGGAAGGGUAAGUGGACCCUCUGUGGAUGUUCGACAGCCAAAGUAACAAAGCAACCAGUGGCUGUGAACCUAGAGCCAGUGGCAGAGGCAGUCCCCGAUGAAGUUUCCUAUGCUGUACUAAGACACUGCUCAGUGAAGAUCAAGCCCACGGCUGAUCAAGAGGGGAUCUCUGAACCUUGUGUCUAUGCAUCAGUGGCCAAAUAAAGAACCAGAAGAUCCCAUAAGCAGCAUUUCUCCAGGAUGGGAUAUUCCCGAGAAUUAUUCUGUGGUUGAACACCAUCAGUCUUGUUCACAGAAGCAAGUCCUGCUUAUUUUGUCUGUGAUGGAUACAUGUGUCCACAGACCUCUGAGAUGCUGAUAUUCAUUUGGGUUCCAGUAGCUGGUGAGAGUCCCUUCCUCUAUGGUCCAACUACUAUUGCUUUGGCCUCUAAAGAAGAAAGGAGAAGCCACAAACAGUUCUAUCAUACGUUGGCCCAUUGGCUACUGAAAAAUCCUCUCUCCACCAUGUUGUCAGUGCUGUGGCUUCUGAGGGAAUGAAGAGCAGCCGUACACAGCCCCACCAUGCCUUGGCCCAGCAGCGAGUGAAAGGCCCUCUCUCCAUGUUCCAAUUGCCAUUACUGUGGCCUCUGAGGAACAGAAGAGCAGCCAGUUACUGCCGGACUUAAUCUGCUCUCCAACUGUCAACCACUUUUUGCCUUGUCUUGUUUAGAUUGUUAAUCUGAGGGCAGGAAAUCUUUGGAACUGAAAGAUAGGACAUAACUACUCUAAAUAAAGAAAUAAUAUACUUCUUAACAGCA